AUUAUCCAUUGCGGUGGGUUAUGACUUCAUCAUUCAAUUCAAUUGACUCGGCUCUUCCUCUCUCUCAGCUACAAUACUUGAUUGUAGAUCUUUCUCUGCUACUCCCAUCUCCAGCACACAGCAAACAUCCCAAAUAAAACACAAAAAUUUAUUUAUUUAUUAGUAAAUUUAUUUUAUUCUGCUUUUGCGAAAGUGGACAGCGAUAUGGAAUUUGACGACCACGAAGAGCAGGAGGAGGAGGAAGAAGAGGAAGAGGAGGAGGAAGAGGAAAUGGGAUUCUCAGUGGCGGCGCCGGUUUACGAUUCCUUCGGAAACGCGGCGCCCAGGUCUAAAAUGAGCGCAGCUGAGGGAGUUCCGGCCACCGUUAACUCCGGUCGCAAAGGCGGCUCCGCGGGGACGAGCAGAUACAGAGAAUGUCAGAAGAAUCAUGCCGUCAGCAUCGGCGGUCACGCCGUCGAUGGCUGCUGCGAGUUCUUGGCCGCAGGAGAGGACGGCACGCUGGAGGCCGUAAUUUGCGCGGCCUGUAAUUGCCACCGCAAUUUUCACCGCAAGGAGAUCGACGGCGAAAUCAGCUCUUACCAACUGCGCUCGCAGCCGCAACCGCUGCAUCCUCAGUAUCACCACCAAUUCUCCCCUUACUACCACCGCGGGCCACCACCUUCCUCCGCGGGAUACCUCCACCCCCACCACCUGUUAACCACUCCGGUGUCGCAGCACCGGCCUUUGGCUCUACCACCGCUGGCUUCGGGAGGAGUGUUCAGUAGAGAAGAGGAGGACAUGUCAAACCCCAGCUCGAGCGGCGGCGGAGGUGGCGGUUUUGGUGGUGGUGGCAGCGGCAGUGGAACGAAGAAGAGGUUUAGGACAAAAUUCACGCAGGAGCAGAAGGAUAAGAUGCUGGCAUUUGCGGAGAAGCUAGGGUGGAGAAUUCAGAAGCACGACGAAGCUGCCGUGGAACAAUUCUGCGCUGAAACUUGUGUGAAGAGACACGUGCUGAAGGUCUGGAUGCACAAUAACAAACACACUCUAGCUAAUUCAGAGCAACGUUCAGCUGGGAAUGGAUCGAAUCACUUGAACAGCUCCACCAUAAUUGAGAAUUCUGAACUCUCCUAAGGGAGAUUAACGAAAUAAAGACAAAGAACUAAAGUUGGAAGUUGAUGGAAGGGUUUGCAAUUGUUAAUGAUAUCAGAAUCAGAAUCAGAAUGAUCAGUGAUGGUGAGGUAGGGGAGUAUCGAACGGAAGUAUGGGGAUGAGCGCAGAGAAUAAUUUGCAACACUGGUUGUAUUUAUCGUGCGUGGAAUGCAAGUGCAAAGCUGUUUUAAGUUACUACUUUGCUAUGUUUCUUCACAUUUGUCGUCUUCUUUUCCUGUUUUUCCUCCUAACACCACCUUACCUUUAUUCUCCUUUCUCUCUCAUAUUAAUGUCUCUUCUUCUUUCUUUCUUCAUUGCUGGACCUCAAACUUCACAAAUCAUUUAAUAAUCACUCUAACCUUCUUAUUCAA